UCGCCUCCUGACGCUGUCUAACAUCUGUGGGCCAGAGGGUGAGGUUUGAGGAGAGGCCUCAGACCCGAUCUGGCGACAGCAUGAAGCUGGCCUCGGGCUUCUUGGUUUUGUGUCUCAGCCUGGGGGCAGGCCGGGCUCAGGGCGACACCAGCCCUGAGGCAGAGGAGUCCUACUCUGAUUGGGGGCUUCGGCACCUCCAGGGCAGCUUCGAAUCAGUCACCAGCUACUUCGAUUCCUUUCAGGAGCUGCUAGGAGGGAAAGAUGGAGUCUGUCAGUACAGGUGCCGAUAUGGAAAGGCACCGGUGCCUAGACCUGGCUACAAACCUCAGGAGCCUAAUGGCUGCAGUUCCUAUUUCCUGGGCCUCAAGGUACCAGAAAGUAUGGACCUGGGCAUUCCAGCAAUGACCAAAUGCUGCAACCAGCUGGAUGUUUGUUAUGACAUUUGUGGUGCCAACAAGUAUCGCUGCGAUGCAAAAUUCCGAUGGUGUCUCCACUCCAUCUGCUCCGAUCUUAAACGGAGUUUGGGCUUUGUCUCCAACGUGGAAGCCUGCGACACUCUGGUCGACACCGUCUUUAAUACGGUGUGGACUCUGGGCUGUCGGCCCUUCAUGAACAGUCAGCGGGCAUCCUGCAUCUGUGCGGAGGAGGAAAAAGAAGAGCUCUGAGGAUGAGAUUGCUUCCUGGUCUUGGGCAGCACCACAGACACCAUCUCUGA